AUGCUGCUAGCAUUGUCCGAUGAUGCACUGCACCGUCUCCGUGAAGAACAGCCUCCUUAUAGCGAAGAGGGAGAGGAAGACGAAUCCGAUGACUAUGGGUCGAACUCGAAAAAACGCAAAGCAAGCGGAUCGUCAGGAGGACAGGCAAUCAGACGCCGGCUGGGCGAGACCCCCAAACCGAAUCGCGUGUACCUCCAGUAG